AUGGGUGAACCAAGUCAUCGGUCAAUUGAAAUACCAUUACAUUCCGGUGAUGAAGUUAUUGAAGUAAGUCUUGAUCAAUUACCCGAUGGUCAAGAAGUUCUUGCUAUUCUUCAACAAGAAAAUUGUCCCUUACAUAUAUGGGUUACACUUGCUUUGGAAUAUUAUCGUCAAGAUAAAGAAAAAGAUUUUGUUGAAAUUCUUAAAUCAGCAUGUAAUGAAAUCAAUAAUCAACGACAACAACCACAAACAUCUGGUCAACGUGCACAAGAAAAUGAUCAAAUGCGUUGUUUAGAUACAUUAGCUGCUUAUUAUGUUAAACGUGGUCAUCGAGAAAAAGCGAAAGAUAAAAAACGUGAAUAUUUUACUCAAGCAACAUUACUAUAUACACAUGCUGAUAAAAUUCUUAUGUAUGAUCUUAAUCAUUUACUUGGUCGAGCUUAUAUAUGUUUACUCGAAGGUGAUAAAAUGGAUCAAGCUGAACAACAAUUUAAUUUCGUUCUUAAUCAAAUGCAAAAUAAUAUUCCGGCAUUACUUGGUCGUGCUUGUAUUGCAUUUAAUAAAAAAGAUUAUCGUCAAGCAUUAAAUUUAUAUAAACGUGCUUUAAAAUAUUCACCAGAAAAUUCAGCUGGUAUUCGUGUUGGUUUAGCAAAUGCAUUUGCUAAAUUAAAUAAACUUGAAAAAGCUGAAUUAUCAUUUAAUCGUGCAAUUGAAAUUGAUUCGAAAUGUGUUGGUGCAUUAGUUGGUUUAGCUAUACUUGAAUUAAAUAUGAAAACACCUGAUUCAAUUAAACAUGGAGUUAUUAAACUUUCUCGAGCCUAUCAACAUGAUCCACAAAAUCCAAUGGUUUUAAAUCAUUUAGCUAAUCAUUUCUUUUUUAAAAAAGAUUAUCAACGUGUUCGUCAAUUAGCCAUGCAUGCAUUAAAUUAUACAGAAAAUGAAGCAAUGCGUGCUGAAAGUUGUUAUCAUUUAGCUCGAGCUUAUCAUGCUGAACGUGAUUAUGAAGAAGCAUUUCGUUAUUAUUAUCAAGCAACACAUUUAGCACCAGAAAAAUUUGUUUUACCAUUAUUUGGUCUGGGACAAAUGUAUUUACAACGUGAAGAUACAACAAAUGCAAGUGAUUGUUUUGAAAAAAUCUUAAAAAUUCAUCCAAAUGAUCAUGAAUCAAUGAAAAUCUUAGCUAGUAUUUAUGCUGAAUCAAAUGAUCUUGAUAAACGAGAUAAAGCAAAAGAAUUUUUAAAAAAAGUUACACUACAUGAUACACAUGAUAUUGAUUCAUGGAUACAAUUAGCUGAAAUUCUUGAAGGUGUUGAUUUACAAGGUUCAUUAGAUGCUUAUAUGACUGCAUCAAGAUUAAUUCGUGAAUUUCAUGGCAAAGAUACUCCAAUGGAAAUGUUAAAUAAUAUGGGUUCAUUACAUUAUCGUUUGAAUAAUAAUGAAGAAAGUCGAAAAUGUUUUGAAAAAGGUAUUUCAUAUGCUGAACAAGCUCGUGAAGUUGAACCAGCCUAUGCAAAUUCAAUUCUUGUUACAAUGAGAUAUAAUUUAGCACGUGUAUGUGAAGCAUCAUUUGAAUUUGAUAAAGCUGAAACAUUAUAUAAGGAAAUUUUACGUGAACAUCCAAAAUAUGUUGAUUGUGUACUUCGUUUGGGUUGUAUGGCACGUGAUCGUGGACAAAUUUAUAGUGCAUCAGAUUGGUUUAAAGAUGCACUUGAAAUUAAUCAUAAUUCACCAGAUGCAUGGACUAUGAUUGGUAAUUUACAUGCUGCAAAACAAGAAUGGCGACCGGGACAAAAGAAAUUUGAAAGAAUUUUACAUAAUCCAUCAACAGCAAAUGAUUCUUAUGCUUUAAUUUCAUUAGGAAAUAUUUGGUUACAAACAUUAUAUAUGCCUACACGAGAUAAAGAACGAGAAAAACGUCAUCAAGCUCGUGCUCUUCAAGUCUAUAAAGUAGUUCUUAAAAAUGAUAAUCGUAAUAUUUGGGCUGCCAAUGGUGUUGGCUGUGUUUUAGCACAUAAAGGUUAUUUAAAUGAAGCUCGUGAUAUUUUUGCACAAGUACGUGAAGCAACUGCUGAUAUGGCCGAUGUUUGGCUUAAUAUCGCACAUAUUUAUGUUGAACAAAAACAAUAUAUACCAGCUGUACAAAUGUAUGAAAAUUGUUUAAAAAAAUUUUAUAAAUAUAAUAAUGUCGAAGUUUUAACAUAUUUGGCACGUGCACUUGUUAAAGGUAAUCGUUUACAUGAAGCUCAUAAUGCUUUAUUAAAUGCUCGACGUGUUGCACCACAUGAUCUUACAUUAAUGUUUAAUGUUGCAUUAGUUCAACAGAAAUUAGCACAAGAAAUUUUAAAAGAUGAAAAUUCAACAUUAACUUCUGUUCUUAAAGCAAUUGAUCAACUUCGAAUUGCUCAAAAGACAUUUACAUGGCUUGGUGAACAUGGUGAUCCACAUCGUCUUGAUUUAAGUCAAGCAGCACAAGAAGCACAACAAUGUUCAGAUUUAUUAUCUCAAUCAACUUAUCAUGAAAUUCGUGCACGUAAAAAAGAUGAAGAAGAACAACUUGUACGACGAAAACAAGAUGAAGAAAGAAGAAAAUUACGUGAAAAACAAGUUCAAGAAGAAGAAGAACGACGUCGACUAGAAGAUGAACGUCGGCGAAUGGAACGAGAAAAACGACAAGAAUUUGUUGAACGUACAAAAAAUCUAUUAACAGCUGCUGAAUCAGAAGGAACAUCAGGAAAAGGUCAACGAUCAACUGGUGGUGGAUCAAGAAAAAGACCUAAACAUGAAGGAGAAGAAGAAUUUAUUAAUGACACAACUGAUCUCAUACCUAAUACGGAAAAACAACAGAAAAAACGAGUAAGAAAAUCGAAUGACAAUGAUGAUAAACGUGAUAGAAAAUCGUCGAAGAAACGAAAAGUUACUGUUAGAAGUGAGAGUGAUAAUGAAAAUGAUGAAACAAUCAAACGUAAAAAGAAAUCCGGUGGUCAUAAAAAACGAUCAAGUAGAAUGACAACAAAUGAUGAUGAAGUAUCACAAGAUAAUGAAGAACAAUUAUCGGAAGUUGAACAAGAUGAUAAUGCAAGUGAUGAAGAAGAGAAAUCGAAACGAAAAUCAGUAUCGAAAAAACCAACACAUCGAUCAAAACGUCCAUCGAAAACAUCUCAUCGACAAUCUGAACCAUCUGGUCGUUAUAAAUCGAAAGCAACGAUUUCAAGUAGCGAUGAUGAAUCAGAUAAUGAACCAUCACGACCAACAAUUCAAUCAGCUGAUGAUCAAGAAGAAGAAGAAGAAGAAGAAGAAGAAGAAGAAGAAGAUGAAGUGGAAAAAGCAGAAGUAGCACGAGAUGAAGAUAAUAAUGGAGGAUCACCAGCUGCCGAAGAUGAACAAGAAGAAGAAGAACAGGAGGAAGAAGACGAAGCAGCUGAAGAUAAUGAACAAGAACAAGCACCUGAAGAUUUAGUUGUUAGUGAUGAAGAUUAA